AAUUUCGGAAAGAUAAGAAAAUAAAGCACGCUCUCUUACUCAUACAAGAUUUUUUAAUAGAAUCGAGAUUAUUAUAGAAAAUAAUUACUCAAUUUAUACAUGCAAGAAUUUGAAAGAAUCUCUGAUGCGUUAUGAUCAAAUCAAGAAAAAAUUGAAGUCGAUAUAAAAAUCUGCGUUAUUACUUGAUAAGUUAAAAGAUUUAACAUUAACAAUUUUUAGAUUUUAACGCAUUUUGUGCAUUAUUAAAAUGCACACCGAUAAGUUUUACAAAAGUUUGCUUUAGGUUGUUCCAUUUACUGCAUUAAAAAUAAACGUACAACGUGCGGUGUAAUAUUUGCAGCGUUUCGAUUUUCUUCAACUAUAUAUAAUUUCUCUACCCCCGUCUUCCACCGAACUUAUGAAUGGGGAUCGGGACAUUCACCUGUGGGGUCGGGGGACUGAAACUCCCCUUAACAACAGAAACAAGCACGCAUAAACAAGAGACCACAGUCUACGAUGUGAACUGAUCGAUGCAGGCGACAGUUUUUUAAUAAUUGUCUCACGUCAAACUGGCGAGCAUGGUGCAAUUCGACGAAGCGAGGAAAUUAAUGGAUGAGAUGAUGAAGGUGGCGAUUUUCCAGCCGUUCGAGACACGUCGGAUGCUGGAGGAUGAAAGGAGAAACUUCGUGGAUCCGAAUUUAGUUAUGGAUGCAAGGCAUAGGAUAUUUCGCGAAAAUUUGUACAGUUCUCCAGCGAGACCUGUACUAACAGACACCAAAAAAUUAUUGACGCAGGAGGAGAUGAGGGAACUGCAGUUAAAGAGAGAAGAAGCAAUUGUAGAGAGGGAAUUACGGAAGUUUGAACAGGACUUACAAAAAUCUCGGCCUAAAUUUUGCGAGCCGUGCAGCAGAAAAAAUAUAGCCAACUCGGAUGACGAAAACUUUUGGAGAACAUCCAGCAGAAUCAAGCAAGCAGUUAUCAAUAAAAGAAGAGAAAACAGAGGUAAAACGAGCGAGCACAAGCAGACGACCAUCCGGAAAAGAAACGGACAGGUAGAAAGUCCUUCGACCGAAUUUAAAGAUACCAGACGAGAAUGUUCAAUAACCGAGAUUGAAGGGUCGUUCGGUAACAUCAAAGUGACUAUUAAGGACAAACCAAGCUGCGAAUCAAAGAAUCGAUUAUGCGUUUUGAGGUCGUGCUUCAGGGCUCUUCAGGAGAACGCGCGGCAUAAGCAACGCCUCCGCGAGAUCAAGACCAACAUCCAGAGCACCGCGAUCCGCAGGAACCUGAGACGCUGUAUUCGCGUGUGGAAGACGCACGUGGAGAACGCGAAGAAGGCGCGACAAAACGCGGUGGAGGAUUCCGACGCGUGCAAGAUAGAGAUGUUCAUUGAUAUUAUCGCGGAGACGCAGAAGGAAUUGACGAAAUGCCGAAGAGCGGAAUCGAAAGCGCCUUCCGCAACAAGCGGAAAGGAUGCUGAGGCGAGAAAGAGGACUCCUAGCAGGCCGUUCGUCGUCGAGUCGCCGGCACAAAGUCGGUUGAACGCUCAGAAAGAGAUCAUCCGUAAGCAGAAAAUAAAAUUGGCCGAGCAGAGUAAGAUCAUUGAAGAACUGAAGCUGAAGCAGGUGCAGGAGGAAAUAACGAGGUCUGGCGAGGAGACGAUUGACGUGGCCAAGGAGACUUUGACGCACUGCGGUCAGCAAACUAGGAGGACCCUGAUCCAGCUGAUGAGACAAGCAGGCUACAGGGACAAAUCUCUGACGGCGCCGGUGCGGGUGCCGAGUCCGCCUAGAUUUCUGACGAGGAUGGAGGCGCGGGCCGAAGCGCGGAAGAACAGAAUAAAAUUGCGUGAAGAGAUGCGGCAGAGGAAACUGGAGGACGAGAGGAGAAAGGAAGAGAUCGCCAGGAGGGAGGAGGAGCAAGAGAGGAGAAGAUCGCAACAAGAGGCCCUGCGCGAGGCAAGAAGACUGCGCGAGGAACGAGAGCAGCAACGAGCGCGCGAAAUAGAAAGAUGUAAGAGGCUGAACGCCAUGGCGGACGUAUUUUAUCGCAAGCACUUGUUGCGACGUUACAUAAUGGAACCAUUCAUCGCGCUCGUCGAAAUGAAGAACGAUCGCAUGAGCAAAGCCAAGGACCAUUACGAACGAUGCUUGCUGCGAGAAGCGUUCGUGAGGUGGAAAAUGGAAACGGAACACCAAAAUCAAAUUAGGACCGAGCUAGCUGUAACGCUGUACAAUAGGAAUUUAUUGUGGUACGCGUUGCGAGAGUGGCGGGAAGCGGCGAAGGAAGCGAGGAGACAGGAACAGGUAGCUAGAGAUUUCUCCGACAUGAGAUUGCAGAGCAAGUGCUUCACACUGUGGAAGAUAAGGACAAUGGAGUAUAAAGCGGAGCGCUUGAAGAACGAGCGUUUAGCGCGGGAACACUAUGAGGAGAGACUGAGAAGCAGGUACUUCAACAUGUGGAAGAGGUAUCCAAAGAUAGUGCCGGAUAUCAAGGAAAGCGAACGAAUAAGGAACACGUGGCGCGAAAUAGUGCAGGAGGUGAUACCGGAUUUCGAUCCUAGGCAGAGAGGUGUAAUAUUAGAAGACUAGCAACGAAUAUAGCAAUAGCACAGAUUUAAUACUAUACGACAAUCGUUAGCCUCGUACGUGGAUGCGUGGUGUGUGCGUGCGAGAGGUAAAGAAUAGCCUUACUCCUAAAUAAACACGUAGGAU